AUGAGUUUUCUGGAGCCCUCCACUCUCCCCCUGUCCUUUCUGUCCCUUAUCAUUCUUUCUCUGUUUUCAAUCCAGCAACCGUCUUCGGCAUCAACACAAUUGCUGGUGCCAUCGGCAUUGAAGGUUGGGCUAAUCCUCGACCUCAACUCUCUCGUGGGACGCAUAGCCCUCACAUCCAUCCGCAUCGCGGUCGACGACUUUUACGCUGCCCACCCCUACUCCUCAACCCGUCUCGAUCUCCUGGUUCGUGACUCCAAUGAUGUCGUCACUGCAGCCUCUGCCGCAAUGGAACUACUGACGAAACACGAAGUGCAGGCCAUCCUCGGCCCUCAGACGUCGAUCGAGUCGGCGUUCGUCGCCGAACUCGGCUCGAAGGCCCACCGCCCGAUCGUCGCCUUCUCGGCCACCAACCCCUCGGUCUCGCACUCCUAUUCCCCCUACUUCCUCCGCACCGCUGCGAACGACGCGACCCAGACGGCCGCCAUCGCCGCCCUUGUGUCGGCCUACGGCUGGCGCCGCGUCGUCCCAGUCUACGAGGAUACCAAAUAUGGCUCCGCCCUCGUCCCUUACCUCGUCGACGCCCUCGACAGUGUCGGCGCCGCCGUCCCCUACCGCUCGGCAAUUCCGGCCUCCGCCUCUGACGACUACGUCUCCGCCGCGCUCUACCGCCUCGCGACGCAGCAGACGCGCGUGUUCAUCGUUCACAUGCGGCCGGACCUUGCCGCCCGGCUCUUCGCGCGGGCGAGGGACGCCGGCAUGAUGAGCGCCGGAUACGUCUGGAUCAUCACCGACGGCCUCACCACCCUCCUCGGCUGCGACAUCGACGCCGCCACCGUCGCCGAGUCGAUGCAGGGCGUACUCGGCCUCGCCCCGUUCGUCCCGAAGUCGGCUCGCGUCAACGAAUUCAAGAGAAAAUGGCGCCGGCGGUUCUCGGAAGAAAAUCCAGCCGCCGACGUCCCCGCAGCCGCCGCAACCAGCAACUACGCUUUGUGGGCGUACGACGCCGCGUGGGCCGUUGCAGCAGCCGCCGAGCGACUCGGUCCGGUGGGGCCGGCGUAUGUCGGGGCCGGCACGGGGCCCACCGAUAUCGCGAAUUUGCGCGUGUCGAGCACGGGGCCGGAGCUACUGAAGCUGCUAGAGGAGACCGAAUUCGACGGUCUCGGGGGGAAAUUCCGGCUGGUCGAGGGGGAGCUGAACGUGACGGCGUUCCGGGUCGUGAACGUGAUCGGCGAGAGCGCGAGGGAGAUCGGAUUCUGGACGCCGCAACACGGGCUGUCUCGGCGGCUCAACCGGAGGGGAGAGGGGCUCGCGGGGGUGAUAUGGCCGGGGGAGUCGACGGUGGAGCCGAAGGGGUGGGACCGGCCGACGAGCGGAGCGGUGCUGAGGAUUGCUGUGCCGAGGCCGGCCGACCCGGCAUACCACAGGUUCAGGAACGUCGAGACGGACGCGGCGACGAACCGGACGACGGCAGGCGGGUUCGUGAUCGACGUGUUCGAGGCGGCGGUGCGGCAGCUGCCGUACGCGCUGCGGUUCGAGUACGUGCCGGCGGACGUCGGGCUCUAUAACACGCUCGUCCAGCAGGUCGCUAACGGGAGCUACGACGCAGCAGUGGCGGACAUAACGAUCACAGCUAACCGAUCACAUCUCGUGGACUUCACCCUGCCGUACAUGGCGUCCGGGGUGUCGAUGGUGGUGGCGGUGUGCGACGAACAGAGCAACAAUUUUUGGGUCUUCAUCAAGCCCUUGAAAGAGGACCUCUGGCUGGUUAGUGCCGCCUUCUUCGUCUUCACCGGUGUCAUUGUGUGGUCUUUGGAGCACCGCAUCAACGAUGAAUUCGGAGGGCCACCGCUGAACCAGCUCGGAACUGUCUUCUACUUCUCGCUCUCCACGCUCGUCUUCACUCACAAGGAGAAUAUGGUGAGCAACCUAUCUAAGUUUGUUGUGGUGAUAUGGAUAUUCGUGGUGCUCAUACUGCAAUCAAGUUACACAGCCAGCCUGACUUCGAUGCUCACCGUGCGACGGCUUAAGCCAGCUUUCGAAAGCUUCGACGACCUAAAGAACAGCGGCAAACACGUUGGAUACCUUCAGAAGUCUUUUGUGAAGGAAGUUUUGCUGAACGAAGGUUUCGACGAGUCGAGACUCGUACCGUUUAUGUCUCCUCAGCAGUACGAGGAAGCGCUCCUCAACGGCUCCGUCGCUGCUGUCGUCCACGAGACCCCGUAUCUAAAGCUCGUCUUUCUCAAGAAGUACUGCAGUAACUACACCAUGGUGGGACAAUUGACUAAGACCGGCGGAUUUGGCUUCGCAUUUCCGAAAGGAUCGCCGCUAGUCUCAGAUCUCUCGAGAGCGAUCCUCAACAUAACGGAGAGCAACGAGGUCUCCGAGAUUCAGAGAAAAUGGUUCAGCGACGAAUCUACCUGCCCGAGCCAAGACAACUCCUUAUCAUCCAACCAACUCGGCUUCCAAAGCUUCGCCGGGCUCUUCCUCGUCACCGGAACCACUUCUCUCUGCGCUUUCUUACUUCACUUAGCAUCCUUCCUCUACAAAAACCGAUACAAACUGCGAAACAUUGCCUCUCAAAACUCUUUCAUGCCGACGCUUCGCUUGACCGCUAAGCUCUUCGACGACAAGGAUCUCUCAGCCCACACGUUCAAGAGGGCGCGACCGAAGGACGAAUCGAUAAAAGCGGAGAAAAGAGAUACUAAUGGUUCAUCUUGUGAGCCAAACUCAGCUAGCCCCCUGAGUAUGUCUAAUUAUACCUUCGAAGAAGCGCGAAGGACGCCGUCGGUAGAGCCCGCGAGCCCAAUUGUGCUCGAAAUCGAGCCCGCAAGCCCGAUUGUGUAUGAAAUCGAGCCCACGAACCCAAGAAUCCAAUAAAGGAGACAACAAUGCACACUACAGGAGAUGAAUGAUAUCAGUGUCUAGUAUUAGAAUCAGCUUAGGGUGAUUGCUAAACCACACAAUUAAUGGAGGCCAAAAUUAUAUUGGAUAUGAAUACUUGUUAUUAGGGUGUGUACAAAUGGAAAUAUGUUAAAAUAUGAGAUCUAAUAUGUAUUCGUAAGUAUUUGACGUCAAUGUAUUAAAACAAAAUAUAUUUUAAACGAUGUUUUAUUC